CCACAGGACUUCGCACUCGAGCGGCCCCGUCACUGGCUCAGAAGCCGCGAGGCUGGAACACAGCCCCCCCUGUUUUAAGCGCUUGCGGUUGCGGGCCGCAGGUUGCGGGCCGCGGAUGGGCGGCUGGCCGGGGGCGCCAGACCUCAUUUUGUUUUGCAUCGAGACCCCGAACCAGGCGCAUUACUGUGUAGGUUAUGUCACGAUCCAUCCAGUGCUGCGACGGCAACAGACUAGAAUGACCGAUUCAGGACAUACACACGAGAAAGUGUGCGCCCGCGACAUCGUCGCGCACAGCGAUGCCGAGCUCAACCGGUACCUCGAUGAACACCGGCCGGAUGGCGGAGCCAUCGAUCUUGACGUGGACGACCCCGGAAACUUGCCCGAGAGUUUCAUUUAACGGCUACGGUAGGGUAAUCCGAU